AGUUUUGCAAAUUUCCGACUUCCAACAGCCGAAACAGGAAAACUCGUCGGCAUUUUAGGGUUUUGCAAAUUUCCGACUUCCAACUCGCCAUUCCGAUGGAAUGACUCACCGGCGUUUCUCCCUUGACCGAUUUCCUGUGAGCGGCAACCACAAAGGUGGUACUUGCCGUCGGACCGGUGCUUUUUCCGGCACCCAGCAGAUCUCCGACCGGCGAGAAGCAGCCACAGCGGCUACUUUGUCAUGGGCAGCAGGUCAUGUGAUGGCAACUAGUGGCCUGGAUGGUUCAUGGACUUCUUUCAAGAUCAAUAUGGAAAAUUUUUUAUUAGGAGGGACCUUUCUGUUUCCUGGAGGGGAAUUAAUUUCGAUUGAGUUUUUUCAUGCAAACACCAAGAUGCUUCUGAACAACGGUAUGAAGAAUGGCAAUGAUAUAGCUGCCAAAGGUGAAUGGUGGUUGUUGUUGGAUUGCUCGCUCUUUUUCUGUGAAGGAUAUCUCAGGAACCUCAGAAGCAAGUCCCAACUUCCAUUGGUUGCAGAAUGAUCAGGUUGGCAAUACCACAGGCAUCCAAGAUUUCAAGCAUCAAACUUAGGUCGAUUCCUCAAAACAUUUCCUUCAUUUCUGUGCAAUCAUAUUACGAGAAACACCCGCAGGAAAUCCCAUGUUCGACAUGAAUUCCUCCAAGCGCUUUGCAUUUGUCAAGUAGAGGUAACUUAUCAAGUUUCUACAAACUUAGAUAAUCGUAAUUUCAAUGCUAAAGUAAAUUGAACAAUUGAAAUAGGAAAUAACGUGGACUGCAGCUUUCGAACAAUGAAGGCAAUUACAAUGACAAACUAUCCCCUGUUAG